AGGCCCAUUUGGUUUUCUUUGGCCGUCCCUCUCUUGGUGUUUGUAUGUGGGUGUUCUCCUCUCUUUCCUUCCAACUAAGAUUGCACUUUUCCCUCUCUCUCUCUCUCUCUCCCUCCCUCUCUCUCUCUCUCAUGUGUUGUCUGCCAGUGUGAACUGCUACUAUGGGUUCUGACUCUUAAACCUUUCUGCCUACUUCUUUUCCCAUCACUUCCUCUUUAUUGCUUCCAUUUCUCUUUGUUUUCUCUUCUCUCUCCCUCCUCCCAUUUUCCGUUGAUUACUCACCCUCCUCCUGUCAUUUCUCAACUUUUGCUCUGGAAUCUGAAUUGGAACCCCACUAGCUUUCUUUUUUACCAUUACUCUUCCCUUUUUUCUCAAUGCUUUCAUGUUCCUAAUUCCUACAAAUUGGAUUUACAUCAGUUUUCUCACUCUCACUCUCACAGACUACCUCAGCACCCAUUUCUUGGAUUCUCAGUUUGAACAAUUCCCACUAGUUUUUUGGAGUCUGCUGGAAAGCUUGGGUUCUCCUCAAUGAACGAGGCUGAAAUGGUGAUACCCCACUUGUUCAGAUGCCCGAUUAGUCUAGACUUGUUUACAGAUCCAGUCACUCUAUCCACAGGCCAAACGUACGAUCGGUCCAGCAUAGAACAAUGGCUGGCUGCAGGCAACCUCACAUGCCCUGUCACAAUGCAGAAGCUCCAUGAUCCAUCUAUGGUUCCAAACCAUACUCUUCGCCAUUUGAUAGAUCAGUGGCUUCAAACAGGUCAACAAGUGGAUCCUGAGAGCUUGACGGUAAUGGGUCCUGGCCCCUCAUUGGCUGCAAUGAAGUGCAGCCUUCAAUCUCAGGAAUCCUCAUUGGAGAACAAGCUUGAGACGCUCAAAGCAAUUCGAGUUUCGAGUGAUGAAUUGUCAUCUAGGAAUUCUUAUAUGAUCCAAUUGGGCUUCUUGCCAUUGCUAUUGGAACUUGUAUUUGGACAGGUCGAAGCCGAGCAAUAUAGGGACAGUUUGAAGCUUGUGGAGGAAGCACUUUCUUGUGCCUUGAAAUUGCUGGCUUUCAGUGAAUUGGGGUGCCUAAACAUGCUGAAAGAGGAGUCAAAAUUAGAAUCUUUGGUUGUUUUGUUCAAACACGGGACUCCCAUGAUAAAGACAAGUGUAUGUAAUCUUCUGGAGGCAAUUUCAUCUUCCUCAGAAACUAAAGAGCUCUGUGCUACGCUUGGAACGACCCACCAACUCUUACAGGGGAUAGUCCUCCUUGUUCACCAUGACUGCGAGGCUUCUGAAGCCGGAAUCAAAGCCAUGUUGGCAUUGUGCUCCGUAGAAUCAAAUAAAGAAAAUUUGAUAAGGGAAGGGGCAGUAGAUGGACUCAUAAGCUACAUUUCCAAUGCCCAAGUGAAAGAAAAAAGCGCAGCGCCAUUGGCAAUAGCAGUACUAGAAGUGCUUUUAGGAGUAGAGAGUGGAAGAGAGGCGGUCCUUAACAAUCCCAAUGGUGUUAAGGCCCUGGUUAAGAUGACUUUCAAAGUAUCAGAUCACCAAGGCAGUGAGAACGCUGUUAGCUCUCUUAUGGUGCUAUGCACUGAUUCAUUACGGGCAAGGGAAGAAGCCAUUUCUGCAGGAGUUUUGUCACAGUUGUUGUUUUUGCUUCAGAGCCAGUGCAGUGGGACGAUCAAGACAAAGGCAAGAAUGCUGCUUAAGCUUCUUAGAUCAAAGAGAAUUAUGGACCAAAACCAUUGAACAAUAUGAUUGAUGAUGCCUAAAUGUUUCUUGUCUCUACUGUAUGAUGUCUCUCUCUUUCUCUAUCAGUUGUAAAGAAGCAUCAAUUUGUACUUACGGGUUCCA